AUAGACCCAAUACUUCUUUUCUCCUACUGCUGAAACUCAUAAUCAACUUCAUUAGAUAAUUGUGAAAUUAGGUGAAGAACAUAGGUGGUCCUAGAAUUUUUCCUAGAACAUCUUUCCUUUCCCUUCUCCCAGAAGCCGGCACAGCACCCAGUUAAUUAUAGGCAGCAACCACUGACAGCCAGAGUACAGACCUUUCUCCAGUCUUCACCCUCGUUAAUUAAUGUUACGUGCAAAAUUAAUGGAGUUUAAAUUUAAAUGGUGUAUUCUCUUGACAAUAUUGGCGUUUACAUUAGUGCUUGUGAAUUGUGGCGACUCUAAUUCGUUGAAUGGCCCAUACAACAUGGGAGUUUUGGUUCCGAGUCUGAGGUUCUGUCCUUUGUGCCACACGAAUCCACCGCGUUCACAGGCAACAACCGGAGGUAAUAGAUAUUUUCGGGGCGGCCGAGGACUAAAAGCAUGCUGUGGCGGCGCUGUUACUGACUACUUCCACACACACCAGUUUGAGAACAUGUUCUCAAACCGUAACUCGCUUGAGGUUGAGACCAACGCAAAGGGAAAGAGCUUCCGGGACUAUGACUCUUUUAUUACUGCCUCUGCUCAAUACCAGCCCUAUGGCUUUGGUACUACCUACAUGAACCAGAAGUUCAUGGGAACCAAAGAAGUGGCAGCUUUUCUGGCCCAUGUUGCCACCAGAACCUCCUGUGAACAUAAAGUUGCUUCCAGGGAACAAUUAGCCAGAGGUCUCUGCAAUAACAAGGAAAUUAAUUCCAACUUGUACAAUUACUGUGAUCAGCACUACAAAGACACUUAUCCAUGCGCCCCUGGAAUUGCAUACUAUGGUCGGGGUGCUCUACCGAUAUAUUGGAACUAUAAUUACGGAGAAGCAGGUAAAGAUUUGAAGGUGGAUUUGUUGAACCAUCCAGAGUACAUUGAACAAAAUGCUACCUUGGCCUUCCAAGUUGCAAUUUGGAGGUGGAUGACGCCAAUUAAGAAGCAUCAGCCUUCAGCACAUAAUGUCUUUAUAGGUUACUGGACACCCACCAAAAAUGACACUUUGGCCAAGAGAGUUUCUGGUUUUGGUGCUACUAUGAAUGUGCUCUACGGAGAUCUUAUUUGUGGUCAAGUUGAUAAUAAUUCCAUGAACAACAUCAUCUCCCAUUACUUACAUUACCUUGAUCUUAUGGGUGUUGGUCGAGAAGAAGCAGGGCCUCACGAAGUGCUUAGCUGUGCUAAGCAGGUUGCUUUCAAUCCAUCUUUUUCCUCAUCUCCUUGAGCUCUGUUUGGUGUUGAUGGAUAAUCUGUCCUUUUUGAAUUAAUUUGUAUCUAAGAACUUCUGAAGCAACAAAAAGAAAUGUUCAAACAUUAAGGUGUGGUAAGAGGUUGUAUAAAAUAUUUGUGUUUCUAUGUGAUGCUAAA